AUGCCACAUCCGGGUUUGCGCCGCGCGAUAGCGUUCGGUAGGGGUUUAGUGCAGCCGCGCACCCACAGUAUGGUGGGCGCUGCCGGGGGAGCAAGCCUCUGCUGCGCCCUGCUUCUCGUGACGGCUACAUGGGCAGCGCGCGUCAAGGCACCAUGUCUCGAGGGAAGGGAGGGGCGGACCCGGUCCGAGAUCAUCCUGAACGACUGGGCCUGCGCUAACAAGUGCGGCGGCGGGCGGGGGCCACAGCGCGGCUCAAACGCAGCUCGUGACCGCGGUGGCGCGAGGCACUGCGAUCUCUGCUGCGCAAGCUCAAACGCAGCGACGGGGCGCGGCGCGGCGUGCGGGAAGAGUCGGGGCGACGCGACCACGGCUGGACCCAAGGGCGGGAGAGGCGACAACGCGGGUGGAGGCCAGGGCGGGCGAGGCGACAACACCGUACACAUAGUAAUAGAAGUUGUAGCGGGGAAGAACGUGGCAGCGCGUCCGGGGCAGCCUGGAGGCAAGGCCGGCCAAGCGCAGGGUGACGCGACACCUUCAGCAGCAAAGCCGGGAACUGAAGCGGCAAGUGGUGGGCAGGGCAGUGUCUCAGCACCGGGACAGGAGCAGGGCAGUACCCCAGCACCGGGACAGGAGCAGGGCAGUACCCCUGUCCCGGGACAGGAGCAAAGCAGCACACCAGCACCGGGACAGGAGCAGGUCAGUACCCCAGCACCGGGACAGGAGCAGGGCAGUACUCCUGUACCGGGACAGGAGCAGGGCAGUACUCCUGUCCCGGGACAGGAGCAAAGCAGCACACCAGCACCGGGACAGGAGCAGGGCAGUACCCCAGCACCGGGACAGGAGCAGGGCAGUACCCCUGCACCUGGACAGGAGCAGGUCAGUACCCCAGCACCGGGACAGGAGCAGGGCAGUACUCCUGUCCCGGGACAGGAGCAAAGCAGCACACCAGCACCGGGACAGGAGCAGGGCAGUACCCCAGCACCGGGACAGGAGCAGGGCAGUACCCCAGCACCGGGACAGGAGCAAAGCAGCACAGCACCGGGACAGGAGCAGGGCAGUACCCCAGCACCGGGACAGGAGCAGGGCAGUGACUAUUAUUUUGAGCUAGAGGUUAAAGAAGAAGGUAUGGGGGAGGGAUCUUCAACUCCAUUAUUCUCGCUUUAAGCAAAACUUAGUAUUUAAUAUUAUCUAGUGCAUUACUAGUGUUAAUGAGUGUUCUUUGAUAUUCGUUAAUAUUCUUGCUAUUCAGUUAUCUUUUGUUUCUUAUAACUGAGCGUUUUAUUUGUGUUCACCUUUACUCAUAAAUAUGUAACUUUUACACGUUUUCACAGUGCACGAAACUUCUUAGUUGUGUCCGUAACUUAUUUCAAUGCGUUCCUCCAUAUUAGAUUACUCUGUUUUUUUUUUUAAUCGUAUAUGAUAUUUAUAAAUUAGAACAAGAAGCUAUGGAAUCUUAUUUGGUGUUUCAUUAUGAUUAACUUGUGGCGGACUGCAAAAGGUGCUCCAUAAAUGCACGCGACUUGCUGGUCAAGUCCUUUCCCGCUCGCACCAUGCGAGGUACACAUCUGGCAGGUUUACAUGGAAUCUUGUGGGCACUAGGGCAAUUGUGUAGCGAUCAUAUUUACCAUGCCUACAAACUUCCUGUAAAUAAAGCGUUCUUCGGGGCUUCUGUGAGGCCACCCGUGGCCCAACCAUGACAAGACGACGAAGCUGCAGUGCCGUUUCCAACAGGGGAUACCGCAGCUUUGGGUAGGCGUGUCGACGUCAUACACAUUGCGUUUUAAAGUUAAAAGUAUGCGCUACAAAACGGUAUACUCGGGUUUGUUUUUAAAAGUAUGGGUUCUCUAAAAUUAAUUACGCAAAUCACCCUUAGUUUAGGCCCGCUAGACUAGGAUGCCCCCUUAACCUUAAGUGUUCCGAAAAAUCGCGUCCAGGCGUAUUUUAUGGUAAGAAGGUUACAGAAAGCAGGGUAAACGUCGCUUGCACUGUUCGACUCAACAUUCGGCUCUAAAAAAAAUAUCCCGAAUAAUUUUAUGCUCGAUGCUCUCUUUAAAGUUAUGAAAACCUCUCUUCCUCGUCUUACGCGCGGUGUGACUUCGAGCUCUCGAUUAAAACAUCCGCUGGCACACACCCUAUCAACGUCUUAUUGGUUGGUGGCGGGCGGUGACAUCAUUAGCACGUAAAUUCAAAAUGCUCAUCGUGCCCCAUGUUCAUGGUACCCCGCUCUCCCUUCCUGUUUUCCUCGGGGCGCUAAUCGUCUGACCGCCACACCAACGCUAUCGUUAGCCGAUCAGCGUUGAGAAGGAAACAGAUCGGGCAGUCAUGCUCUGAAGGUUCCAUUUGAGUUGCAGCGGCAUACACUGCUGUACGUCCUUGCUUUGAACAUUAAAGAAUCCAUUAGUUACAUUGCCGAAAAAUCAGAAGGUACUGUAUAAUUUAAAGUUAAAAUACCCCUGUAUUGUUGGCUCUUAGAGACGACUUGACAAAUAAUCUUGACAGAUACUCUCUGAAUUAGUUAUAUAUAAUGGUUCUAAGGAUUAG